AUGUUCUACAGCCAUGAAAUCCUCACGUCGCCGGAGCAUGGGGUCGCAACGAUCUGGCUCGUCGCGACACUUGGUUCGCGAUCCAUUACUCGAAGAGUCAAUCGAAAGGCGAUUCUCGAUGUCGAUGUCCCCGAAGCGUGCAGAGUGAUAGUCAACCCUCAGGCGCCUAUGGCGUUGCGAUUGCAAGGAAAUUUGCUGUACGGCGUUUCACGGGUUUACGAUCAACAGUGUGGUUACACUCUCCUCGACACGCAGACAAUGCAUGAUAAAAUGAUCUCCACGCUGAAGCUCAUUCCGGGAGGAGGAUUGGAUCCAAGUGUCGGACAGACGAAGCCGAGCACUCUAGUCUUACCGUACGAUCCAUCAUUCUUUCCAGAGACAAAUCUCCCUGGUUUGGACUUUGAUUUCUCUUUAUUCGACAUUGGAAACCAAGCCGACUUGACCCAGCGUUCCGGUCUCUGGACAAAAUCUCCUCCUGGUAGCCAUUCCAGUGCCUCUCAUACCAGCGUGCGUCUUGAUCUUGGCUCGGAUGAUCUGAUUCACAAUUCGCAAUUUAUUGGAAUGGAUAAUGAAUUGUCGCCUUCUCGAAAGCGUGGCCUCUUCGGGGGUCCUGCCAAAGAUGAAGGCCCGGAAGAAGAGGCAGGUAUCUUACUCCAGCCUGAUUUCGAGUUUGAUGAGACUGGUGCGCUCGUUGAACUUGAUGUCACUCAUCUCUCACCGCGGAAACGACGAAAGCUGAGUACUCAUGGAAGCGAGAAUCAAGGCGAUGAGAUCCCACUUCCUGGAAAUGACAAUGUUGGGGGAGACAUGAUGGAUCUUGAUCUUCCUGUUAGAGCAGAACAGGAAGAUCUGCAGCUCCCUGGCGAGGAGCCAGUCCCGAACCAGGAACAACCAGCAGAGGAGGAAGUCGAACCUGUGAUCCAUCGCCAGCGUCGCCAGAGGACUCGAGUGACAAAAAACAUUGAUCCAGAUAAUACGACAACGCUGCGCAACUCAGAACUCGCUCAAUGGAACAACGGGUAUAUUGAAAACAUGGCAAUCGCAUCGAAGCAAAAACAGCAGAACAAGUUGCAGACUAUCACCAAGAAGAACGCUGUAUUCUGCGUCUUCGGGCAGGGCAUCGGGUCUGUGGGUGUUGGCUUGGGUUUACAAAAGAAACCUCACCCUCUGGCACAAUUUUCCGGCGAAGCACUCUACGACAUGUUCUUCGAGGAUCAUGAAGAAUCGAGUACCAACAACGAGAGUUAUCGCCCUGGUGGAGAAAGUGUGACUACCACGCCUCAUCAAGCUCGUAUCCAAGGUAAAUUACCCGACUCUGUCGAUGUUGAAUAUGGUCGUCAGGGACCUUCGAGCGUACUAGAUGAACACUCAUCCCAGAUGCCAUGGAACAUCACCACCUCAGCACGCAGCUCUCGACUGGGGCGUCUGGGUAGUAUCGGCGACUUCUCAGCCGCACUGGGAAGCACAGGACUCAGGGAUCCCAGCCUCCACGGACAAGCAUCAGGUAUCGGAAUGAAGGGACGUUCUCGAGGCCGUCUUACCAGUGCCAGUCCCCUCUCGGGCCGUGGAUACCUUGAUCCUCACGAGAGACAAAGCAGUUUAUCAGUCCUUGGUAUCGAGAACGCGCUGGAUGGUCUUGACGAAGACCUCGAAAUUACGCGAUAUCUGGAAGGCGAGCUUGCAACAGAUAACGAAGACAUCGGCGCACUCUCACGACGUGCUUCGGCGAUUCAACACCUAGCCGGACAACUCGAUCAAGAAAGUUUGAAUUUCUUCGAUUUCAUUCAAGAUCACGUGAAAAUGAAGGAAAAUAGCGGUGAUAGUGGUGAUAAGCCCAUGUUGGCGUUUUCGGAGUUACUGCCGCCUAAACAGACGUCCCGGACUGUUGCUACGCAGGGUCUUAUGAAUGUGCUCACGCUUGCGACGAAGGGAGUCCUUACCGUGGAGCAGGACCCUUAUCGAGAUGCGGGCGCUGAAGUCUGGGGCCAGCGUUAUGAUUAUGGAGAAAUCUUCAUGCGGAUGUAG